UUUGUUUAUAUGUCAAAUUUGACAGCUCGAAAAUGUUUUCGUAAAAAAUUCAAAAUAUCUCGAAAAGAACAUGGUCUCGAAUCGUGAAAAAUGGAUGAGAAUUUUUGAUGUACCCGAAACGAAUAAACACAAGAAUGGCUACACUAUUUACAAAGUAAUAUCGUUGCUUUACCCGGAAUCGUGUCCCGAUGCAGUUACAAAAGUUACCGUUUGGAAGAGGUUUAAUGAUUUUAAGAAGUUACACAGGGAAGUUAAAGUUUUACAUAGAAAAUUAAAUUUGGAGUCGAAAUUACCAAAUUUACCCGGUUCUUCUUUAUUUAAACGUUUUGAUGAAGAAACAAUUACCAUCAGAAAACAAAGCAUUUUGAAUUUUUUAGAGUAUGUAGGAUCUCAGUCGCAAUUAUUCACGUCUACAGAAUUUGUUAAGUUUUUUGAAACAAGUUUAACCCCUGCCGAUCAUUUAAACAGCAACAUAAAUCUUAUAAGAGCUGACUUGAAUCUUCCUGAAGAGGAGUACAUAGGAAGCAUAAACUCUGAUGAUGAUCACACCAUAAGUGAUACUGAUUCCAUUACAACCAUAAGUAGUCUGAGUCCUUCGGUGCAGAACUUGGAUAUCUCAGAUUCUCAUUUAAAACUGAAAAAACGUCAAUCUGUAUCUCAGAGUUCCGAUACAGUUAGUAUUGGUACCACCACAGAUAGUUUGCUGCUGAUUGAUGGUCAGGUUUACCCCACUGCCCCCCAAACACCAGGGGUUUCUGUCUCGGGGGAAUAUGCACAAUAUCUUAUAGAUGCUUCUAUUCAUGUUAACAUUGCUGUUGAGUUAGAAAAUGAUAAAAAGUAUGAUGAGGCAUUUGUGGCUUAUACGACAGCCAUUGAUAUUCUUUUAAAGUUUGGAAAAGAUGACUCAAACUAUGAUAGAAAACAAUUAGUUCGCUAUAAAACCGAAAAAUAUUUACUUAGGGCCGAAAAAAUUUACAACAUGUACCUAGCAGAGGAAGUGAAGAAUUUAAGACAACAAGAGGAAGCGUUAGUAGAACCACAGUUAAAUAGAGAAGUAAUGGACUUAUAUAAAUAUAAAGUUAUUAAAGUUAUUUGCAAUGGCAUGUUGGUUUUACAUUCCGAUACACAGCAGUUAUUUUACGUGAAGGUGAUUCAUAAAACAAUGGAGUUUUUAAACGACCACUUAAUUUUACCUGAACUUGUGCCUUAUAUGGUUAAAUUGUACAAUCAUUUUAAUUGCGAGAAUGCACUUUUUCUCAUACUUGAAUAUUGUAGUGGGGUAACUAUAUCCGACUACCUCAAACAACACAUAAACAACAUCGACGUUUUCCGAAGAAAAGACGACGACAUUCUCAAGCAAAUCCACGAAAUGUCCGACGACGAGUCGGAAAACAGUUUUUCCGAGCUGGUGAACGACUACACCAGCGCGAAAAAAUCUCACUUAACUAGUCAGGGCGACGAGCUCUCGAGCAGCGACGAGUUCGUGAAAGUGGAAAAGGAUUUUUUCCUGCCCGCCGCGAAAAAACCCGCCAAAAACAUCAUGGACGAAGACAUCCGAGAGGGCGGGCUGCCGCCCGUCGAUGUCGAGGAAAACUCGACCGACGGCGACGGCAACGUCGCCUCCGGUGCUAGUCAAAGAUUAAGCGGCGUUGCCGCGACCGAGGAUAUCGUUGAUUCGAACUGUGUAGCGCCGCAGAAGCAGAUUGUCAAGUGGUCCGCGCAGCUGCUUGUGGCCUUGGAGAAGCUUCACGUCUUGGGGAUCACUUGCAGGGAUCUCCAAAUGAAAAACCUCUUGAUAGACGAAAAGGGCGAUUUAAAAUUGACGUACAUGUGCAACGUUAACGAACUUUGCGAUCUGUUUACCAACAAAGUUAACGUGAAUUUGGCACCGGAAGUUUACGGUUACCACGUGAUAACCGACGCAGCUGAUUGGUGGAGUUUCGGUGCCAUACUUUACGAGUUGUUAGUUGGGAUGCCCAUCUCAGACGUUCAUCCGAAUGGGAUAACUUGUUCUUCUCACGUCAAAAUACCGAAAUACGUGUCUGCAGAAGCCAGGUCCCUAAUUAAACAGUUGUUAACGUAUAAUUCCAAAGAUAGAUUAGGUACAGGAACGAAUGGCGUGGAUUACUUAAAAUCCCAUCCCUUUUUUAAUACAGUGGAUUGGCAUACUUUAACAGCUAAGUACAAAUAUUAAUUAUAAUAUUAAUAAUAUCUUCUAAUCUUGCAAUAAAAAUUACAAUGUUUUUUUCAUGUCAUUUAGGAAUAAAACUAUCUUUGAAAAAAAAUUAUAUUGUUCUAUUUUUUGCUAAAUAUGACACAUGACAACUUAGAUGACACACAUUUUAUUCAUGACAGACAAUCUUUCUAUAAAUUGCUUUAAGUUUAGCUAAUUAGAUCAGUAUUAGUAUUGGAAGUGUUCAAAGCAAAAAAAAAAUCGUCAUACGAAUUUAAUAAUUUGCUUUGAUCUCUUCCAGUUGUAUAUAUGUAAUAUGUAAGUAUAAUUUUGUAAAUAUCACACAUUACUCUGUGUCUAAUGUAAUAAAACAUUCCACCAAAUAUAUUUUUAAUUACUGCAAGCAUUUUAAUUGUCCCCAAUUAAAUUUCUCCUCCCCAAUUUUUCAUCUUAAUAUAAACAGAUCAUUUCCG